AUGACGAGGUUUAGUUCCCGAUUGAGGCUGAAUUCUAUUUUUGUAGCCGCUUUAUCUCCAAUUUUCCCUCGAACAACUCCCCAGACCUAUUUAACCACCAGAUCACUGGCACAAACAGAACAUACUUGUGUCCAGAUUCCAAAAGACCCAGACACGACGAUCCAGUUCAUGUCCCAAACCCCCAACUCCAACUCCAACCUCACACCUACCACGCCUACCAUGACCACUCCCCGCCGCCUCCUCUUCAUAGCCUCAAUAGGCAACAAAGCCCCCUACCGCCAAACCCGGCACAGUGCCGGACACCUCCUCCUCGAUGCUGUGAAGCCUCUUCUCGCGCCCUCCCUCCCCAACACCGGCGCCUUCCACGAAACAUGGUACAGCCCAACCUACAUGAACGAAUCAGGGCCGAAACUAGUCCGGCAAUUGGAGCAGUGGGCGACGCGUCAGAACGAGCUCUGCACGAAAUUAUGUGGUCCAGCCGAGAACUCGUCCUCCACGCGCUACCCGACUACGCUUAUUAUUCUGCACGACGAAAUGGAAGCACCGCUGGGCAAGUUGCGGGUGAAGCGCGGGGGACCGGAGUCCUUUAGUCUGCGUGGUCAUCGUGGGCUGAUUAGUAUUUGUGAGACGUUGCGUGGGAAACAUCUUUUCCCUGCGAGGGGGAAGGCGACUGUUGAUUUGGAGAUUCUGCGCAUUGGUGUUGGGAUUGGGAGGCCGUCGUCGAGGGAGAAGGGGGCUGUUUCGGAUUAUGUUCUUGCGCCUGUGAGUGAGGCGGAGAUGAAGGCUUAUCGCGGGACGGCGGAGAGUGUGGUUCAGAUUAUCGGGGAGGAGUUGUAUAGGUGA